AUGUACCAUAAACCUAUGCUUUUGAAACCUAUAAACUUUAACCAAUCAUUUACCAUUCAAGAUCUUGUGAACGAGGUAAAACAACACAGAAAAGUCGAGUUGCAUGAAAAUAUUGUACGGUUUUAUGGCAUUACUAAAGAGGAUCGAGGUCAGUAUCAAUAUAUGCUGCUACUUGAAUACUCUGAUGAAGGAACUCUCUGCAGUUUCUUGAAGAAAUCGUUCAAACAACUCAAAUGGGACGUCAAGUUGAAGUUGGCAAAACAACUUGUAAACGCAGUUUAUUGCUUACAUGGAAACGAUAUUGUUCAUAAGGAUUUGAACUCUGUAAAUAUUCUUAUUCAAAAUGGAAAUAUUAAAUUAAGUGGGUUUGGCAUCACCACGAAAACAAGGAAACCGAUGAAUGCUCUUUCAAAAAUUUAUGGUACUGUUUUUCAAUACGUUGACCCAGAAUAUCUAAAGAAUCAUCAAGAAUUUAUUAGGAAUAAGAAAUCGGAUGUAUAUAGUGUAGGUGUCGUACUUUGGCAAAUCACAAGUGGCAGGAUUCCAUUUGAGUUUGAAUUGCCUGAUUUCAGUUUGGUUCAAUCAAUAAUUGAAGGAAAAAGAGAAAUUGCUAUUAAGGGGAUUCCAAGUAAAUAUGUAGAGAUUUAUACAGCUUGUUGGGAAGGAAAUCCAAAGAAUAGACCAAAUAUUCAACAGGUUUUAAAAAAACUUAAUGAAAUCGAAAUAAUUGGUGAAAAGUCAAGAGGAACAGAAUCAACCGUUAUUAAAAAUACAACACCCAACACAAAUGAUAGCAUAAAGGAUGUAGAGUAUAUGAAAAAUUCAUUUUCUUCAACAGCGUCAACUCCUUCUUCGAUCAUAUUUGAUAUAUUGGCAAUGUUCAAAACGAGGCAUCAAAGUGAUGAAUCCAGUAUAAUGACUUAUAUAUCAUCGCAAAAUCGCAUGCAAUUUGAUAAUUGCAACGAUUCGGCAGUCGGAUCGUGUUCAACCUUGGUGGAAAAACAUUUUGAAAAAAAAUCACUAGAAGAAUUAUUAUCUAAACCCGGAACUAUUUCAGAGAUCAAGUAUUCCUUAGAAAAUCUAAACAAGGAUAUCAAUGAAUUAAUAUUACGAAAAUUACUGUUGGAAUUUAUUAAUCAAUUUUACCUUUCGCAUAAUACCAACGUUACUUCUGAUUGGCUAAAUGAAUUUAUACAAAAUCAUAUUGGUGUCAAUGAUCAAUUAUCAUCAAAGUAUUUAUUGGACAUGAUGUUGAAUCAUAAGCACCAAGCUUAUUUUACGAACCUUCUUGGAUUUUUUUAUGAACAUGGGAUCGGCUGUGAUGAGAUGGAUCAAAAGAAAGCAUUCGACUUUUAUUUAAGAGGAUCCGUGUAUGAUGAAUGUCAAGAAAAUAUUUGUUCUGAAACUAAUUUAUUUACUCAAAAUAAAUACGAAGCGUUUAAAUGGUACUCAAAAGCAGCCGAAGGAGGAGAUUCCACCGGUCAAUAUAAUCUUGGUUUAUGCUAUGAGGAAGGAAUAGGCACGGUUAAAGAUAAAAAUAAGGCCUUUGAAUGGUACAUGAAAUCUGCCGAACGUGGAAAUGCUUCAGGACAAUGUAAGAUUGGAGUAUGUUAUGAAGAAGGAAUAAGUAUUGAGAAAAAUUGGAAUAAAGCUUUUAAUUGGUAUUUAAAAUCUGCGAAAAAUUACGAUAUAUUGGGACAAUACAACCUCGGAUUAUGUUAUAUGAAAGGAAUCGGAACCAAUAAAAACGAAGCGAAGGCAUUUGAUUUAUUUCUGGAAUUUGCUGAAGCCGGAAAUAGUCUUAUCCAGUGUUAUUUAGAAUAUUGUUACGAUCAUCAGAUAGGAAUGGUUAAAAAUAGCAACGACGAAGCGGUCAGAUGGGAUUCAAAACCUACGGAAGAAAAGGAUAUUUUAAAGCAUUGUAAUCUUGCUCUAUGUUUUGAAAAUAUUGUCAAAGAUAAUGAGCAAGCAUUUGAAUGGUGUUUAAAGUUUGCAAAAAGUGGAAACUCUACUGCUCAAUAUUACCUUGGGGAAUGUUUUGAAAAUGGUUUAGGCACAAAGAAAGAUGUUGAAAAAGCUUUUGAAUGGUAUUUAAAAUCUGCUGAAGGUGAUAACAGAAAUAGUCAAUAUAAAGUUGGUCAUUAUUAUCAAAAUGGUAUAGGAGUUGCAGAAGAUAAGGAAAAGGCGUUCGAAUGGUUGUUAAAAUCAGCAGAGAAUGGAAUUACUAAAGCACAAUUUGCCGUUGCACUUUGUUAUAUGUAUGGAAUUGGAACGAAAAAACACGUUUUUGAGUCGAUCACGUGGUUUCAAAAGGCCAACGAAAAAGAUGAUAAUAAGUUUAAGGCUAGCAAUUAA